ACACAAAAUUUCACGCAGCAAUCUAUCUCGAAAUCUAAACCAUCCCGCAACCCUUCGAGCUUUCGGCCUUCAACCCCCCAACAACGACACCAUGUCUCACGAAAGCGUCUGGAACUCCCGCCCCCGAAACUACGGCAAGGGCUCUCGCAGCUGCCGUGUCUGCAAGCACAAGGCCGGUCUCAUCCGAAAGUACGACCUCAACCUGUGCCGUCAGUGCUUCCGUGAGAAGGCCAAGGACAUCGGUUUCAACAAGUACCGAUAAACGAUCCACCAUCAUGACACCCGGUUUUCUCGUUUAAGGGAUGGGGGGAACUGCUAGAGAGCAGAGUAUUGUGUGGAAGGGGGUGAACUCUCAGCAGAAAGUCAAAGGCCUCGCGUUAAAAAAGCACUCGGAGGGCGGCCGCUUGGAACAGGAGUUUUAUGGCUUGCUUGGGUCCCUCAGGAAGAUCGUGCGUCUGACGAACAUCCUCCGAGGAUAGACGAAUACCAUUGCAUUGGACCUCGAAAUGUCUAUGUGUCUUGUCUUAUCCUCGCACCAUCCCGCAUGACCAACCUGUGGCCAUGGAGUGUAUCGGGUCAAUGUGAAAUUAUGACAAUCAAAAACUCCAUGUGAACCAUCGGUCCCCUUGCCCAUCUCGACACCUCCCUGUGAUCACGCCAUGCUAUCAUGAAACUCAGCGUCCGCAACAAGAGCGCCUAACCAACUGUGCAGCCCUAAUGGACGACUAAUAACAUGCCGCAACUCAUGUACUAGUUU